AUGGGAGGUGGUGAGGGUUUGUGUGGCGGUGGAGUAGAGGAUUUGGGUGGAGGAGGUGGUGGUGGGGAAGUGGAGGAGGAGGCUCUGAAAAACAAGUAUGACAUUGAAGAAGUUGGAGAACAGAAGAAUGAUUUUAGCAGCUACGUGAAGUAUCACAUUGUAGAUGAAAGAUCAAACAUUCAAACCAUUAAUGGUGUGAAAUCAUUGUUGUGUAACAACCUUGAUAUGAAAGAUCACGAGAUUCUUGGUAUCAAGAUCACGAGAUCCGUGCAAGGAAUUGUUUUGGAUCAAUCAUACUAUGUGGAGAAGAUCUUAAAGAAAUGUAAAUACUUUGAUUGUAAACUUGCGUGCACACCUUAUGAUCCAAGUGUGAAACUGUUUAAGAACGCUGGUGAAAGUGUGAGACAAACUGAAUAUGCGAGCAUCAUUGGCAGCCUUAGAUAUGCCACUGAUUGUACUAGACCUGACAUUGCAUAUGUCGUAGGAUUGUUAUGCAUAUUUACGAGUAGUCUGAAAGCGUACAAUGAUGAAGAUUGGAACACCUUAUCGGAUGAUUCCAAAUCUACUAGGGGCUAUAUAUUUAGUAUAGCAGGAGGAGUUAUAUCUUGGAAAUUAAAGAAACAGACUAUCUUGGCUCGGUCUACUAUGGAGUCUGAGGUGAUAGCACUAGCCACAACUAGUGAAGAAGUAAGCUGGUUAAGAUGCUUGCUAGCUGAGAUUCCUUUAUAG